AUUGAGCCGCUUGCUAUUAUUGGCAUGGCCACUCGUUUUCCAGAAGACGCAACUUCGACUGAUAAGCUGUGGGAGUUUCUCCUACGAGCUCGAUCGGCAGCAGCACCUUUCCCUUCGGAGCGCCUCAAUGCAGAUGCCUUUUUUCACCCUGACCCGGAACAUGGCGGUACCUUCGCCGUCGAAGGGGGUCAUUUCCUCGCUGAAGAUCCCGCAGCCUUCGAUGCUGCCUUCUUCAAUGUAAUUAAAACAGAGCUCCUGACUUUGGAUCCCCAGCAGCGGCUGGUGAUGGAGAGUGUUUAUCAUGCUCUCGAAAAUGCCGGUAUUCCUAUGCAAACGACAGUGGGAUCCAGAACAUCCGUGUUCGCCAGCGGGUUCAAUCACGACCACCUUGCCCUUCUGAACUCAGACCCUGAAAGCACAAUAAAAUACAAACCGACCAGUGUCACAAAUUCGAUUAUAUCCAACCGAGUUAGCUGGUUUUUCGAUUUCAAAUCGUCCAGUAUGACGAUAGAUACUGCGUGUUCGAGCAGCAUGGUAGCAUUGCAUCUCGCUGCUCAAAGUCUACAUGCUCAUGAAAGUGAAAUGGCGGUGGUGAGUGGUGUCAAUAUCGUGGAAUUUCCCAUUGAUAUUGUUGGCAUGAGUCAUCAUGGCUUUCUGGGAGCGAACGGCCGUUGCUUUUCUUUCGACCACAGAGCAAACGGCUAUGCUCGAGGCGAAGGAGUGGGCUCUCUAAUCAUUAAGCCUCUUUCAUCAGCCAUCCGAGAUGGCGAUACAAUUCGCGCUGUUCUUAGAGGAACUGGUGUCAACCAAGACGGCCGUACACCCGGUAUUAGUCUUCCCAGCGCCACAGCUCAAGAGAAAUUGAUUCAAGAAAUAUAUAAAAAUGCAGGCCUUAAUCCCGCCGACACGCAUUUUGUCGAGGCUCAUGGCACUGGUACAGCAGCUGGCGAUCCUAUAGAAGCUGGAGCUAUCGCUAGCGCAUUUAAAUCGCGAAGGAAGGGUUUCCCCCUUCACAUCGGGGCAAUCAAAUCUGGUGUUGGCCAUCUCGAAGGUGGCGCUGGUAUUGCUGGUAUCAUCAAAUCAGUAUUGAUUCUAGAAAAUGGAAUUAUCCCUCCGAAUGCCAAUUUCGAGAAAGUCAACCCUAAGAUACCUACGAAGAAAUGGAAUAUCACCUUUCCAGUGGAGAAUGUUCCGUGGCCUAUCGAGGGACCGCGAAGGAUUUCGGUAAAUUCGUUUGGCGUUGGUGGAACAAAUGGCCACUGUAUUCUCGAUGAUGCCUACCAUUAUCUGAAAGAUAAUAAUAUAUCCGCUAUCCAUAAUACGCGGCCGACCAUUCCAUCCCAGGAUGAAAUAUCACAAUUGAUCCGGUCUCUUCGCGACGAUCAUGGUGAUGGGGUUGUGAAUGGUGUUGCAACUGGCAACGGGAACAUAAAUGGUCAUGUCAACGGUGCUAAUGGUACCAAUGGCAUUCAUAAAGAAGAAGUUCCCACAGUUUUCCCACUAACUGCCUUUGAUGACGAGGGCAUUAAACGCAAUGCCGAUGCACUCACUCAAUAUCUGAGUGACAAGCCCUUUUCAAUCAACCAUGGAAAAUCUGAUUUGCUAGCAGAUUUAUCUUUCACUCUAUCCGAGAAGAGGUCCAAAUUUCCGUGGAAGAGCUUUGUCCUCGCAUCGUCGAAGGAGGAGCUCAAAGAUAAUUUGUUCAAGGAAAAAUACUCAAAGCCUGUUCGUGCUCGGAAUGCUCCCAUGGUCGGGUUCGUUUUUACUGGACAGGGUGCUCAACACUGGAAGAUGGGGCGGGAGCUUUUUGUUUAUCCUGUGUUCGGGGCAUCUGUAGAAAUGGCCUCUGAAUAUAUGAAGUCACUUGGUAGUGAAUGGACCCUUACAGAUGAGCUUUUCAAAGACAAAGAUUUGUCGCUUGUAAACGAGUCAUACCUCUCUCACCCUAGCUGUUCAGCGAUUCAAAUUGCUUUGGUCGAUUUAUUGGCAAGUUGGAAUGUCUAUCCCGAACGUGUAGUCGGCCAUUCGUCCGGAGAAAUACCGGCUGCAUAUGCUGCUGGUAGACUAACUAGAGAAGGAGCAUGGAAAGCUGCUUACUUUCGAGGAUAUGUCUCUGCAAAACAGCUGGCUGCCAAGGGUGCCAUGCUCGCUGUUGGUUUGAGUGAAACGCAGCUAACACCUUAUCUUGAACGUGUGCAUAGUGAUAAAAAGGGGGAGCUCAUUAUUGCCUGCUACAACAGUCCUAAAAAUAACACCGUCUCAGGUGACGAGACGAUGGUCAAUAGUCUAAAGGGCUUGCUGGAUGCAGAUCGGGUUUUCGCUCGCAAACUCAACGUCAAGAAUGCGUAUCAUUCCGCUCACAUGAAGGAGGUAUCUUCUGAUUACCACCAACUUAUGGGGGACCUUUCUGCUGGCACUCCCUUUCAGGCUCCUCAUAAGGCUUUAAUGUUCUCCACAGUCACUGGACUGGAAGUCCAAGUGGAUCAUCUCGAAGCUCAAUAUUGGGUUGAGAACAUGGUAUCUCCUGUUCGAUUUACAGACGGUCUUUCCGCGAUGUGCUACAAAAAAAACACGACAGGGCAAGGCCAUCUGCGCAUGAAUACAACCGCCGAAAGCAUAUUUGCGGAUCAUCUUCUGGAAAUUGGACCUCAUGCGGCUCUACAGAGUGCGAUCAAAGAAGUCAUUGCAGCGAAGGGUAAUCAAUCUCCGAUUAAUUACCUGCCAGUGCUGAAUCGUAGUGAAAGUAGCCCAGAAGUACUCUUGAAUACUGUUGGGACUUUGUAUGCGAAAGGGGGUUCAGUGAAAGUAACUGCUGUGAACACUGCCGCCGAUAGUGAAAGGACAAAGCCACAUCUACUAAUUGACCUUCCUCCAUAUAGGUUUAAUCACAGCUCGACGACUAUGUACGAGAGUAGGUUGAGCAAAAAUUAUCGUUUCAGAAAACACCCCAGGCACGACCUCUUCGGCGCACCAGUUCCUGAUUGGAAUGAAGAAAUUCCGCGUUGGCGUCACUUUUUGAGACUGCAAGAAAACCCGUGGUUGAAGGAUCACCUUGUUACCAAUAAUUAUGUCUUCCCAGGUGUAGGUUACAUCGUCAUGGCCAUUGAGGCAACACAUCAACAGGCAGAUCCAUCUUCUACCGUUAUCGGAUUUAGGUUAAAAAACAUUGCGCUAAAGCGUGCACUCAUUAUACCAGAUAUAAAGGAAGGUAUAGAGACGUGUGUAUCGUUGACUAGAAUGGACGAAUCUAGUUUGUGGAGCUCUUCUAUCUGGAAGCGAUUUCAAGUCACUUCCUAUAAUCCUAUCGGGGACGACUGGGUCGAGCAUUGUACCGGAUACAUUGCUAUAGACUACAAAACUACGUCAGGCCCUGUUGACGCUGGUCGCGAGGAAGAAGAGGAAAAAAAGGCCUGGGCUGAAACCCUUAAAAGUGUUGUCGGAUUGUGUCAACAGCCCGUAGACUUCGAGAAGUCAUACGAAAAUUUGCAAACUGCCGGUCUUUCAUUCGGGCCGCUGUUUAGGAAUCUUAAAAAUGUCCAUGUCAAUGGGAAGAACCUGGGAUCUGUCAUGGGCACAGUUACUGUUCCAGAUAUUCCAAGUUCGAUGCCAAAGAGCUACGUUCACCCACACCUCAUUCACCCAGCCACCAUGGACAGCAUGUUACAUCUCUUUCUAGCUGCCGUUCUUGACUUUACUGGGAAGCCAACUCUAGAAAAGGCCGCCGUCCCAACCUUCAUCAGGGAAGUGUGGCUUUCUGCGGAUUUGAGCUCAGCUCCUGGUCAUGCUUAUACUGGAUACGGAAAAGCGGGACUUAUCGCGUAUGAUAAGUAUGAAUGUGAUGUCAAGAUUUGGGAUCAGGAGACCCAAGAUCCUCGCAUUAGUAUUAAAGGUAUUCGGGUGACACCCCUUGAGUCUGGCAAUUCCGAUAGCAGCCAGGUUCGAAAAUUAUGCCAUAAUCUGGAAUGGAAGCCAGCUUUGCAGCUUCUUGACCCGGAGACCGCCUGUGGACUCAGUAAUAUUUCUCCGCCGGAUAUUGAAAAGGAUAACUACUGGGUCCAGCGUUACCAAUUAGCAACCAUGUUGCUUGUGACUGACGCACUGGCCGUUCUGGAAGGCUUUAAUCCAUCGACACUGAACGGUCACCUGAAACAAUACUGGGACUGGAUGAACUUUCGAGCCACAGAGUUGAAAGAAAAUAAGAUUUCACAGCUCUUGUUGUCAGAGUUCGACGCCUUCCCGCAGACUAGUGAGGCUAAGGACGCUCUUUACCGUGAAGUUGAAGAUCACAGUGCGGACGGUGCACUUGCAAUUCGAAUGGGCCGGAACAUUGUGUCCGUCUUAAGGGAAGAAUCUGACCCACUCCAUCUCAUGUUCGGCCAGGAUGAUCUCAUGGACCGAGUUUAUGAUGAAGUCGUGCAUUUGGGUGAUCUUCCAAUUCAUCUAAAAAGUUACUUGACGGCUCUAGGAGAUAACCGUACUGAUCUUAGCGUUUUAGAGGUUGGCGCAGGUACGGGAAGUUCAACAGCGGCUAUAUUGGACGUUUUGUCUCCUGAUAUCCAGGCAAUGAAAGAGGUUGAGAAGGCCUCCCGAAUUUCAUCCUAUUCAUUCACCGAUAUCUCAGCCGGGUUUUUUGAAAAGGCGAAAGAACGCUUCAAACACUGGAACAAUAUCAUGCAAUUCAGGACGCUCAAUGCAGAAAAAGACCCUCUUUCACAAGGUUUUGAAGCUGGCACAUAUGAUCUGGUUGUUGCUGGUAAUGUCAUUCAUGCAACUGCAGAUGUGCGCAAAACCUUGAAGAAUUUGAGGAUGCUUCUGAAGCCUGGUGGAAAAAUCCUAAUGCAUGAAGGAAAUAGGCAAGAUUUAAUUUGGUCUCAGAUUGCAUUUGGCCAGUUACCCGGAUGGUGGCUUGGUGUAGAGCCAAUUCGCAAGUGGUGCCCCUUUCUUACUCCUGCACAGUGGGACGUUGUGUUCAAAGAUUCGGGCUUCUCUGGGGUUGAUAUUGAGUUUCCAAGUUCACAAAAUCCUGAUAACUCCAGUCAAAGUAUUCUUGUGGGUACAGCAAUCCGAGCGGACUCCGACAAGGAUCUCAUUGACCAUAUCAUUUUGUUGGAUCAUGAAACUCGUCAUGAAAUUACUGCAGGACUUGAGCAAAGCCUUCUCUCUUUGCAUCAUGUUACCAAAGUGACUAUUAUUAGUCCAAAUGACCUACCAGAUAUUGAUCUCACUAGCGCCAUUUGCAUAUCUCUUCUCGAAGUGCAGAACCCGUUCUUAGAAGGCAUCAGCGAGUGUGGCUACCUUGGGAUUCGUAAAUUGGUUGCCACAGGUGGCGGUCUCCUUUGGGUUACAGGUAACCCGCUCGUCAAACCUGAAUUUGAUAUGAUCCUUGGUCUUCUAAGAACUGUUCGUUGGGAGAGGGACCUAGAGGCCGCGAAUCUAGCAAGCGUUUCGAUUAUAGAAGACGAAGUAUCGCCAACAAUCCUUCUCAAUAACCUUAUGAAGAUCUUCAAAAACCAAUUCAUUGAUCUUUUCCCUAGCGAAUUCAACUCAGAGUUUCAACUCAAGAACGGUCGCAUUUAUACGUCCCGUCUUGUUGACUCUGAUUCAGGGAAUGAUUUCUUGAAAAACAAAUUCGCGAAAGCCAAUCCACAGAUGAUCACGUUUGGGGACAGCGGCCGCCCUAUCAAACUCAGCACUUCUUCUCCCGGUCUUUUGAACAAGCUUGAAUGGGUUACGGAUACCAUUUACGACGAGCCUCUUGGGGAAACACAGGUGGAGAUUGAUAUCAAAGCUGUUGGUUUGAACUUCCGCGACUUGAUGAUUGCCAUGGGCGAGCACAUGGCCUACAGUCUUGGUAAUGAGGCUGGCGGUAUUGUUACUCGCGUUGGUUCAGCUGUUGAUAGAGUCAAGCCCGGCGAUCGAGUUGUAUACCUCUGUGGAUUGGAGAGUACAGGAUGCUUUCACACCUUUGGCAGGGUUGACCAGAAUGUUGUUUGCAAAAUCCCAGAUAAUCUCAGCUAUGAGAUUGCUGCUGGUCUUCCUUGUGUGUACGCUACUGUUAUCUAUGGUCUGAACGACGCUGCAAGACUUCUUAAGGAUGAGACUAUUCUCAUUCAUGCUGCAGCUGGUGGUGUUGGCCAAGCGGCUAUUCACUAUUCGAAGAUGGUGGGCGCCGAAAUUUACGCUACAGUCUCAACACCCGAAAAGCGUGACCUUCUAGUAGCCGAGUACGGUAUUCAAGAAGAUCACAUCUUCUCCAGCCGUGACCUCACCUUUGUUAAAGGUAUAAUGAGAUGUACCAAAGGUAAGGGUGUGGACGUCGUGUUGAACUCGCUAUCUGGGGAGGCCCUCCGUGCUUCAUGGGAUUGUUUAGCUCCAUUUGGACGAUUCAUUGAGAUAGGAAAGAAAGAUGCCCAGGCAUAUGGCAAGGUUGAGCUGACCCCAUUCCUGCGCAACGUGACAAUGGCUAGUGUUGAAUUGCCUACAAUGAUGCGUCAUCGUCCUUCACUCAUUGCCCGGUUGACGGAAGAUACUAUUCGUUUGUGGAGUGAAGGAAAAGUCAAGGAAGCCAAGCCAACUACAAUCAUGAACUACUCUCAAGUAGAAGAAGGCCUUCGCCUUUUGCAAUCCGGGAAAGGUAUGGGUAAGAUGAUAUUCGUUCCGGGCGAGGAGGACCUCAUUUCUGUCGUUCCGGAGUCUUCGUCUCCAUAUCAGUUCAAGGAAAAUGCAUCUUACGUCUUAGCGGGCGGCACUGGAGGUUUAGGACGUAGCAUUGCAUCGUGGAUGGUUUCUCGGGGUGUAAAACAUUUGAUCUUCCUCGCUCGUUCCAGACCGUCUGCUGCAGUACAAGAUUUCAUCAAAGAUUUGGAAGAGAAAGGGUGCAAUGUUAAGAUUUCUUUGUGCGAUGUAUCGGAUAAAGAUAGACUGAAUGCUGUUGUUGAUGAGUGCCGCACAUAUAUGCCACCAAUAAAGGGUGUCAUACAAGGGGCCAUGGUGUUGAAGGAUGGAAUGUUUGAGAACAUGCCUUACGAAGACUGGAAUGUAGCGAUAAAACCCAAAGUUCGAGGAUCAUGGAACCUUCAUGAAGCUUUGCCAAGAGAUAUGGACUUUUUUGUAAUGCUUUCAUCUGCGACGGGUAUCCUAGGCAAUCGAAGCCAGGCAAAUUAUGCUGCUGGUAACACUUACCAAGACGCGCUAUCUCGAUACCGGGCUUCUCUCGGCUUGCCAUCUGCCAGUGUGGAUCUUGGUAGUGUUCUCUCGGUUGGUUUCGUGGCCGAAAACAAGGACUAUGCUCGGCACACUACUGCUGUACUUGAGGUACUCCGUGAAGAUGAGAUUCACACUAUUCUCGAAUAUCUCAUCGACCCAAUACACAAGUCCAAGGCUACAACACAGCUUAUUGCUGGCUUGACUACCGGAACAAUGUAUCAUGAGCGGGGUGUACCCUCACCAUCUUACCUUAAUUUCCCGAUGUUCACUCAUCUCCGCAAGACGAAGGUCUCCAGCGCACAGAAUUCUGAGGAGAACCCGACAUAUCUGGUGCAAUCUCUCCUCAUUGCGGCAACAACAUUGGAAGAGGCUGUCAAUGUUGUAUCAAAUGGUAUUAGAAACAAGCUUGCCUCGUUGUUAGCUAUUCCCGUUGGAAAUAUCGAUCCUUCUAAAUCCAUCAGCUCUAAUGGUGUCGAUUCACUGGUAGCAAUGGAGUUCCGAACAUGGUUGGUCAAGGACUUAUGUGCUGAUAUUCCUUUGCUCGAAAUUACCGGCACCGCAAGUAUCACAACAAUUAGUCACAAGAUAGCAAGUGUCAGUAAGCUAGCUCAGUUUUCGAUUACGCCUCCGAAGGGAAGUUUAAUUGUCAAUGCGAGAUAAAGUCUUCACUUUUGGAAUGAUAACGCAUUUUCUUUUGUUUGUUUGUUUGUUUAUUUUGGC